UUUGUUCCUUGUCUAUGAUCAUCUUUAUCCGUCAACGUCUACCUACCACUGGACCUACGUCAAACUGACAAUUGAGUAAUACGAAAUUACGAAUACCUACGAUCCCGAAUUCCCGACUUUUCUCUCAAUUUAUCAAUCAACGAAUAAAACGCUUUAUUUUGCUUUUCUUUUUUAUUUUGGCAAUGUGAAACCAGUGUAAAUAGAAUUAUUUGAGCACGCAAAACAUUAUAGUAAUGAAAUGCAGAGGAAGCCUGCAAAUUAUUGAGAAGAUAGACUCGAUGUAAGUGCACAAUAAUAUACCUACAUCUAAAAGCUGGAGUGAGAAGCUUUUACGAAAUCUAUUUUUGUCUGCGAAAAUAUAACAUUUACAGAAUGAUGAACCAACAAGGCUUAGAGGAUAUAGAAAUGGCUAGACAAAUGACAACAAAUGGGUGCUUCAGUAAAGCCUUUGACUUGUAUAUUAUGGCUUUCGAGAAGAAUGUAGCAAUUAAAUCAGCAUAUGAAAGUGAAUUCCGUUUGGUGAUGACUCAAUUGAAUGAGGUUUUAAUAACGGCCAAUAAAAUGGAAGAUGUAUUUAUCAACUACACACGCGCUCUAAUGACAUUUCCUAACAGUAUUAUUAUAUUAAAUGACAUGGGCAAAUUCCUCUUCAAAUGUGGAUUCUACGAAAAAGCUUGGGAGCAUUUUGAGGAGGCACUUAAUAUAGAUUAUACCUUUGUAAAUGCAGAAAAAAAUUUUAAUUCUCUUAAAAAUCUUCUUGUUGAGCGCUGGCACUUCAGGAUGCUUAAUGACAAAGUCCGAAACGAAGCUUACCGUGCCGCCAUACAUGAGACAGUUAUACCUCGUGUUGAUACGAUUCUGGACCUGGGAACAGGCACAGGCUUGUUGACAGUGUAUGCGUCUGAAUGCUCCCCGAGGAUUAUCACAGCUUGUGAUGGUUCUAAAGUUAUGAGUGACUUGGCAACUUCAAUUACCCAAGAAAAUGGGUGUGAACACUGUAUCAUUGUCAAUAAACUGUCAACAGAGAUGCAGUUACAGGACGCGGGUGGUAAGAGAACACUGUUACUAACAGAGGUGUUUGAUGCAGGAUUGUUUGGGGAACAUGUUCUUCAAUCUCUAAUCCAUGCUUGGGAAAACAUACUGACAGAUAAAGCCAGGGUCAUUCCCAGUAAGGCGGAGUUCUUUAUAAUUGGUGCCAAAUGUGAUUUUCUGCAUAAAAGAUAUCAGCUGUGUUCAUCAAUCAAAUCCACUCUAAAUGUUCAAAAUAUGAAUGUGCAUGUGUUGACUUUUGAUGAGACAUAUGAUUGUGAAGAUGUGCAUUUUUAUGGCGAUGAUAUCAAGUACAUCACAGAGGCCAAGUCUCUGGUAUGUGUGGACUUCAACAACUGCCAAGAGCUGAAGAACCUAAUAGAGAUGGACCAUUGUGAAGCUGAGAUGGUGGUGCAAGAAACUGGUGAGAUUAAUACUGUGAUUGGCUUUUUUAAUUUAUAUUUGACAGAUAAUGUUACUAUAACAACAGACCCCAGAUCUGACCGGAGAGCUAAUGCAUGGCAACAAGCAAUCUUUUAUGAUAAAAUACCUAUACAGGUGGUGGAAAAUGAUAUCAUCCCAAUGUAUUUUUCACUGAAUGGUGGCAAGUUGACUAUGUACAAAGAUGAUUCUAUUAUCAGAAUUUCCCCAGAAACAAUCAGAUUCCUAAAUGACAUUGAAUAUGUAAAUACAAUAGCUAGAUGUAUUGGGACAACCUGCAUUUAUCUAGGACAGAUGGCAGAAAUGUCUCAAAUAACUGUAGUUGAUUUGUGUCCGUUUCCUGUUUUUGGCCUAUAUCUGUUGAUGAGGGGAGCAAAGUCACUGACAUGCUGUGCUAAAACUGACAGUGAUAAAGAAUUUUUCGAAAUAGUUUUUGAAUGCAAUAACAUCCCUUUGUCAAACAUAACUAUUUUGAUAGGCGACGAGUGGUCACAAGAAGGCUUCAAGGAUGAAAAGUUCCAUGCCAUAUUUUGCAAUAUUUUUGAAGUUUGUGGUGAAAUUGACUUGCGCUUGAAAGCAAUGGCCGAGCACUUGAAACAGCACCAUUUAAUUCAGGAAGGGCUUUUCUUGCCCGCCAGCAUAAAGCUAAUGGGUCAAAUAGUCAAGAGUCAUUGGCUGGAUAUAAACAACAAAUUGUAUGAUGAGAAUGUCAGCAACUACAAGAUAUCUAAGCACUUGAACCCAUACCAAGUGACACAGAAUUUUUGCAUUGACUUUGGCCAUUUGGAGUACACUCCAUUAUCAGAGGUCUGCGUGUUUGGAACAAGUGAUAGUACAGAAGGUGUUGAAGUAAUUGAUGUCCCAAUAAUUAAAGAUGGAUUAGCCAAUGCUGUGUUGUGCUGGUAUUCAAUAGAACUAGUGCAAGAUCUGAAAGAAAUAGCAACUAAUAGGAAAAAUUGUUUUAUUGAUGGAAUUGUAUUUAUCACUGAUCCGAAAAUUCGGGUCUAUCGUGGACAAUCAGCUCCAGUACUGCGGAGCGUCGACAGUGACGGUGCAUUUAAGUUAACAAUGCACUUAGAGGAGUAGAAAAGACUCGGAAAUUGUUUUUGACAUACCACUAUAUGUAGUUAUAAAAUAUCUGAAUGAUCUCAAGAAUUUAAUUAUUUUUUAAGAAUUUUAUCUUCUUUAGAAGAAUGUCUAGUCUUUAUUGAUUAAUUAUUAUAAAUUCUAACUGUCUAUUUAUAAUAUUUGUAUUUCAGUUAAAAAAAAUCAAGUGAUAAGUCAGAUGAUAGGAGCUUAUCUUUUAGAUAGCUACUAAGUAAAAAUAUGGACUAAGAAAGACAAUAGGCUAUGGAGAGCUGAGAUGCUCAGGGCCAAGUUUACUAGUGCAUGUGACAUGCAUGUAGUUUGGUAGAUUAAUAGUAGAGACUGCCCUUCCUUCAGAACUGAUCUGUCAUUACAUAUGGAAGGGCAUGGGUGAUAAAACCUUAUAGGUAUUUGAAUUGUUGUUGAAAUGGGACAUUAAAUAAAGAAACUGGAAUCAGCGCGAUAUUUUUUACUUUUGGGACUACAAACAAAGAAAAUGUGUUGGAAAAUAGCAGAGUUAGUAUAUGUCUGGUCCCGCAAUUAUCAGAGUUACAAUGAAAUUAAUAACCUCUAAUAAUAGUGACGAUUUCGAGAAACAUUUAGAUUCCGCAAACACUCCACUUCGUAGAUUCUCAAAUAUUGUUAAAUGUUACGUACGAUCGGUGUUAGAUGUAAACAUUAAACCAUGUCAUAAUAACUGUAAUCAAUAAAUAAUAAUAGAUACUUAUAACAGUUUAAUCUUUUAUCUUAGUGAAAAGUUACAAUAAGUCUUAUUGUUAUCUUAUCAUUAUUAUUUUGAGAAGAAUAUCAAACCCAUGUCCACUUUUCCUGUGGUGUAGUCUACCCAAUAUCUACGCUGCAUAGAUAUUGCAUAUUUUAGCGCAAAAUGCUUUAAAUGAAUUGUUAUUAAUAAAGUAGAAUAAUAAACAAAAUAGGUAAUAGAUUUUUUGUACACUCGUUGUUUAACAUAACUCUUGAGCAGUAUUGACAAUCAUUUGUGCCAAAUAAGGUUUUCCAUCAGUCCGCCAAAUAGGUUUUUGCACUUCGUCGAUAUAGGGCGCCGUCCAUUAACUCGUCGAGUACCGGUUUUGUAGACACAAUUAUAGAACAAUAGGUUGCGGUCACCGGUGACCGCUUGGUGUUUGACAGUUUAAUUGCAUAAAACUACCUUUUUGAUGUUUUUUGACAAAAUCGCACAGUCGCACUAGACUUGUCCUUUCCCUCCCAAAGUGAGAUUGGGUGCGCUUUGGCUUAACCCCUUUUAAAACGUCGUUUGUCUAAACGUCAUAUCAGUGCAUUCAAACGGUUAAUACUGACGAAGUGCUACAUGAACAUAACAGUGAAAUGACGUCAGAUCAUUAUGUAAAAGUACCCACAAUUUUAAAAUUCACCAAAUUGCGAUACUGCUCUUGAGUCUUGAAGUAUUCAUGCAGGUUAUAUACAUAUUAUUAAUUAGUGUAUUUAUCAAGGACGUUGAAAAAAGGCAGAUGUCUUAGAAAUUAUUGAAGUACCAAAAUGUCAAGUGGUGUAUUUACGUGUGAUACUUGUAACACCAUUAUGUAUGAAGCGUAAUGAUUGGCCAUGUCACGCGACAGAUGUCUUUUGUGUCAAUUUCAUAAAUAAUAAUAAUAAAAAUCUUUAUUUACUAAAAACAAGCGAGUUACAAUUUUUGAUUUUAGGUAUAGGCAUACAAUUACAGCUUACAAUUUAUGAAAUCGCUACCUCCCAAACUAGGUGAUCCUGUAUUUUGGGGGCCAGUGUUCCCUCGUUGAGUAUUACAAAAUUAUGAAUGCUUAUAUUGCUAAUUAUUCUCUCAAAUAUUGUGUUAAGUGACAUAAAGAUAUAAAAAGAGAAAAAGAAAGUGAGUAUUACGUUACCAAAAGAGAUAAUUAAGGAUGAUGUAUGUGGGUGUGUGUGUUAGUGUAUGUGAAGGUGUGUGUGAGAGUGUGUAUGUAUGUAUAUGUUUUGCUAUCUAUGUACUAACUUUACGCGUGAGUAUGAAUGUGUGUGUAUUCUGCGUGUAAGUCUACAGUAGCCAGGUGCCACAGUCGUUUUUUCAAGAGACUACCUAUGUCCGUCUGUUUUUCAACGUCAUCGGUAUUUACAUACAAUUUAGUGCUUGUAGUACUACAAAAUUGCAAUAACAAUGCAUUUCUAUGCCAUUCUUUCAUUUUUGUCUGCUAAACCACUACUGAACAAGCGAACGAUUACGAUUCCUUGCCUUGCGAUAAAUGAAUUAUUUUCACAUAAAUCAAACAACUAGUUUUAGAGACUGUCAGUCAAGGAUCGAAUUUGGCAAAUAAUGCUGCGAGGCGACGAAUUAGUAAAACGGCCUCGGUCGCUCACUGCUUCAGUACGUAUUUAGCUGGAAGUAUUAGUAGAUACGAAUUACAAUAUUACAGUUUACGAUGUUAGUGUGAUAAAUAUACCCAUUAAUUGUAUUUUGUUAUUUGUUUAUGAAGGAUUCUUGUAUGAUUAUUUUAGUACUUAGGUAAAUAAAGAACUAAAUGUGAAUGUUUUUAUUUUCUACUAACUUGAAAAGUUGUACACUAACAAUCGUGUCACUCACCAUUAGAUUUGGGCUGCAGUCUACUGACUGCUAUUGCUAUGAAACGUGUCAUGGAUUUGAUUUCCUCACAUGUUUGGCUGUCAGCAAAGAUAUCUCAUUCUCAAAAUUAUUAUUCAUAACAUCUAUGUAGUAAAGGACGCCUUUCCUCUAGUCGUUAGACAGCACAUUAUACUACUACUAAGGAUACGGUGGGACACACUGUAGCGGAAUGCCCUGCGUGGGCUGAGCACCGCCGUGCCCCCAGGGAAGUGAUCUGCGAAGGCGACCUCUCGCGUCCGGGC